CGUCUGAAAUCACGCGAUAGUGGGACUGAAGUUCUCGCGUGACGUAAACGGCAAGCUAUCUCGGCAGGCAAACAGCUGGCUUGCUCCUACAGCUUGUUUUUUUAGUCUGUUGAGCAUAUUCCAGUAGAGACUUCGCUUUACCAUUAUGCUACAGUUCCUGGCCGGUUUUACCCUGGGUAAUGUUGUGGGGAUGUACCUCGCGCAAAACUAUGAGGUUCCCAACAUAGCCAAGAAAAUCGAGGCCUUCAAGAAGGACGUAGAGGCCAAAAAGAAGCCUCCGGAGUAAGCGAUGAACGACUGUUACCGGCAGAAGAAGACGGACUCUGCAGAUAAACUAUUUAUUUCACAGAGUUAUUGUAUAAUGCGUGUACAUUUAUGGAAAUACAGGAAGUGUACCUGCAGAAUAUUGACCGUGCCUGGAACAGCUUGUUUUGCGCCUUCCACAUGGUUUGACAGUAGCCAAAUGUUCUAAAUUGUUUAAAGACUGGAUUUAUAGAACAAGGGGGAUCUGGGGAUGUCCAGGAGAGCACUGUGGUGUUUGAACCUUUACUCUAAUCUCCUCCCAAAUGAAAAUGAAUAUUCUAUGCUCUUGCCUUUCUUUUGCAUUGCAGCAGGUCAAUAUUUUCUCAAACGUUCUAGAAUGCAAUUGUAAAUCUUUAGUAUAAUAAAGUUGCUGAGAAUACA